CAUUGUUUUUUUUUAUUGUAAAAAGUGUGACAAAAAAGGGGUGGCAGCAUUGCUUCGAGCAAGACAGCUGCGCCCCUCCCGACGAAGCUUCUGUCAAAUUGAUGUCAAUUUGAUAGGAGGAGCCUGGACAAAUGCGCCCGAGUGGGAAGCAACGUCCAUAUAAUUAGAGAGAGAGAGAGAAUUCUGUGGAACGUGGAAAUAGCUUUGGCAUCCUGUGUCAUUUGUCAUUCGGUCACAGAACAUAAUUAAACCUUGAUUUUGUAGUCUGCAGCUAUUGUUUACUAUUCUGUGGCUUUAUCCAGUGACGGUUUAGCUUAUUACAGUAAUGGCUCAGGCUAUGGAAACUCACAAAAAGGAAAACCCAAAGAGUUCAGGAUUAAGAAAAUGUUUUGCAGCUCUAGUAGAUAGAAAGCAAGUGAAUCUGGAUUUGGAUGUCUUGGUACUGAUGCUGAAGCAUGAACUACUAGUGAAUCUGGAUACUCUUGACAAGAACUUGUCCCAAAUAAUGCCUUUCAUGUUGGUAUUUUAUAUAAGGAACUGGCCUGGAUGGCAACGAAGCAAAGAAUACUAUAGUGGCAAAUUGAGUUUCCGAGACUGGUAUGAAAAAUUUAGACAAUACAUUGUCGUAAGAAUGAAUUUCCUAAUCAAGAACGGAUAUAAUCAGGCUUUGGAUAUGAUAAGAACAGAAAAAAAGGAAGAAAAUGAAAGCCGGAACCUCAACAAAAAAUAUCAGAGUCAUGGAACUCAAACAGAUAAUUUAAUGCCAAAAGUAUUGGCUCCGUUUUCAUUAUCAAUACAGUGUCCACCUAAGGUUGUCAAUUCUCUGUUUUUUACUGAUUCUGGAGAUGAUAUCGUUCUACAGCAACAUCAAGAGCUACCUUGGAUGCAAAUAGGUUUAUUAGAAUUACUCAACUGGCCACAUAUUGGAGUAGAAUUCAAAAGUCCUGAAUUGACAUUCAGAAGAUUCAAUCGCAGCGAAUACAUCAGAUAUUUGAAUUUGACGAAUUGCCCUAUCGCUUCUGAAAAUCCAGAUUUCAUUGAACAGGUCGAAAUAUUGGAUCCUACCACCGGAAGGAAUUGCUACACUCUUAAACUUUUGAAGAGUUAUACUAAGCAGUAUUUCGAUGUUAUAAAAGAAGUGGAUGGUGUUUGUUUGAAGUCUAUUAAAAUCAUGGAACUUGUUGUCGAAGAGUUUUUGAAAGACAUAGAGGAAAUAGGAAUGAAUGAUACAAUGGCUUCCAACACCUCAGUACUGUUCAAUAUUGGAAGAGGCUUCUUUGUCAGAAACAAAAAGAUGGCCAAAAAAAGCAAGUCUCUAGGACCUAAAACAGAAGUGGGAUACUGUGAAACGUAUAUCCCUAAAAUGGAGACUCAAUUACAAUUUUUCAAAGGAGUACAAGAUACCUCUUCUGAAGAAAUAACAUUUUCAUAUCUCAAUAUUCUGAAAAAUGUUAUUAGUUUCAAUCCCAAAGCUGAACAUUCAAGGACAUCCAUUCCGGUCUUGGUUUUCCACUGUAUCUUUUGUGGAGUUCACUGCAGUAAGUCAACUGAUAUUUUGAAGCACUUGGAAACGUCACACGGUAUGGAACGGAACUUCUCGUGUUUGAAAUGCAUGAAAUCUUUACCUGUGGCUAAUCUUGCUAAAUCCAGAUGGAAACAUGAUUGUAGAAAAUGAGUUGAGAGGAAUGGGGGUCAGUGAUUUUAUGUAAUUAAUGUAUAAUUUUUCGUUUUUAUAAAUAAAGAGUUUUGUUACGAUUCA